GACAUGGCACCUGUGUUUAUUUCUCUGAUGUAUUGCCUGUUGAUUAAAGUCUUUCCUGAUGUAGAUAUGUGUAUUUAUGAACACAGUUGUGUCGAUGGAGGCUAUUCUUCAUGAUAUAAGAUAGCCAAGGUGACAUACUGUUUUUGAAGAUGCAGCUCGUCUCCAUUGUAAUACUGUGUAUGUAUGUAGCCACAUCAUUUCCAGAUUAAACUACUGUGUGGAGAACCAUCAGUGGCAGGUGUCUAUACUGCCCUCUCUUGGGACAGAUUAAUAGAUCAUACUGUGCCAUUAUAAUUCCCACUGUCGUUGUUAAUCAGAAUGUCUGUCUACAUCCAUGAUAUACCAGUUUUUUAAAUACAAUAACUACCCAGUCAUCAGUUUUUCAGAUUUAAGAUCGUUCUAUUUUCCUGCAGCAGCUUUUAAUUCGGGUUGUAAUUCUUGAAGAUGUCUGUUUUGCUUUGUGGUGCCCUGCAAACAUAACAUAUUUCUCCUGCACCUCCUUGAGGUUGGGGUUAGUGUCCUUCGGGACGUUUUAAAAUAUAAUUUCCCUCCAACUGGUUUGACCUGUGAUGUUGAGACGUCUCCGCAGCGACAGGACGGAGGGAACAGACACGUUGCAUAUCCUGUUUCUGUGCGUCAGUUCAGUUGGUGCUGCUAACGUGACCUGGAAACUCACUGCUGGACAACAUGACUUCCUGACAGCUUCGUUCAACGGCUGCGUGUAACAGAACAACCGGAACAGAACAGAGCUGAAGAUUAGAUGGACAGGUUUGCAGGUGACAUACUGAGCGGUGGCCGGGCGUUGCUAGGCGAGGACAGCUCGGUCAUGGCCCGCAUGCAGAAGAAGUUUUGGAAGACGAAGCAGGUUCUGAUCAAGGCCACAGGGAAGAAGGAGGAUGAGUACGUGGUGGCUUCUGAUGCCGACCUCGACGCCAAGCUGGAGUUGUUCCACUCGGUACAGACCACCUCCACUGAGCUGUUGAAGGUGAUUGAGAAAUACCAGCGGAGGAUCACACACCUGUCUCAGGAGGAGAAUGAGUUGGGGAUGUUUCUGAGGUUCCAGGCAGAACACGACCGCACCAAGGCUGGCAACAUGAUGGACGCAACUAGCAAGGCCCUGUGUGCCUCGGCCAAGCAGAGGCUGGUCCUGUGCCCGCCCCUACACCGGAUGGAGCAGGAGGUGGAGACGUUUCGGCGGCGUGCGAUCGCUGACACGCUCCUGACCGUGACCCGGAUGGAGAAAUCCAGGACGGAAUACCGUGGAGCGCUGCUCUGGAUGAAGGACGUCUCUCAGGAACUCGACCCAGACACCUGUAAACAUCUGGACAAGUUCCGCAAGGUGCAGUCCCAGGUCAGAGGUUCGAAGGACCUGUUUGAGAAGCUGAAGAACGAUGUGUGUCAGAAGGUUGACAUGCUGGGAGCCUCCCGUUGUAACAUGCUGUCUCACUCUCUCUGCACAUACCAGAUCACCCUCCUCCAGUUCUGGGAGAGGACCGCCUGUGUGAUGAGUGGGAUUCAUGAGUCUUUUAAAGGCCUUGUCCCCUACCAGUUCACCACUCUCAAGGACCUCCGGGACCCUCUGGAGCAGCUGACUGAUUUAGACCUAACCAACCGGGACCAUAACAAAGAGAAGGCCAUACAGAGUAACAGUCUGGUCUCUCUGGAUGAAGAGAAGCCAUCAGAAUCAGCCUCUGGCCCCUUCCAUGCUGCUGAUGGACAGAGCCACACCAGUGAAAGCUCUCUGUGUGCUAGUCUGGACUCUGCCCUGUGUGACCUCAGUGGGCAUCUCAGUACAGCCAGCACAGAUGACGACCUCUUGCUCCUGGCCUGUGACCAGCCCCAGCCUGGCCUCUCCUCCUCCAUGCAGCCUCUGGCCCCUCUACAGACUACAGCAGCCUCUGGUGGUCCCUGGGGGUUUGGAGGUGGGGACCUCUCUGGAAGCUGUCUACUGCAGCAGGGUCCCAGGGUGGGGGACAAGGAGGAGGAGGACAGAGAGACUGGGGACAUGGCCUUUCUGAAGGACCUCCUGAGCCCUGGACCAAUGGACGCAGACGAGUUCAGUCGAGAGUGGCAAGGCACCUUUGGCUGCUUGGAGUUCUCUGACCCUGUCCCCCCCACCCCCACCCUAGUCCCUCCUCCACCUACUGGAGCGGCCUGCCUCCCCUCUCAGUCCCCCAGUCCCACCGGCUUCCUGCCCUCCCAGCUGCUGGACCACAGUCUGAGUUCUACAGGCUGGGCGACGCCUCCCAUGUUCCAGGCUCCGCCCCUACAGUCCCCAGUGUCGGGCCAGGUCCAGUCAGCUAAGGGUGGCCCAAAGUCAACAGCCAAUGUUCCUAAAGCUGCAUCGCGGGACAUGUCUGCAUGGUUCAACCUGUUUGCUGAUCUGGACCCCCUCUCUAACCCUGACACCAUCGGACGCUCUGAUGAUGAGAUCCUCAAUGCCUGAGGGGUGUGUGUGUGUGUGUGUGUGUAGUU